AUGGCCGCCUGGGAGCCGCCCAUCAACCCGUUCACGGGAUCGCCGGAGACGCCGGACGCGCGCCUGCCUCCGAGCCUGCGCCCGCGCAUGGGCAAGGGCCGCGCGUACGUGCUGCUCGCCGUCGACGCCCACGGCGAGUGGCGCGGCACCGGCGCGGCCUGCGACACGCCGGCGGCGGCGGAGCAGGCCUGGCUCGCGCAGCGCGGCCGCGGCUGCGCGCUGCUCCGCCUCGGCGCGUCGGGCUGGGAGGUGCUGCGCGCGCGCGGCCCCGACGACGCGCUCGACCGCGUCAAGCUCGCGCCGGGGCUGGGGGCCGCGGCCGCCGCGAUCUUCAUGGAGGACCACGGCGUCGUCCGCGCGCGCUACUACGCGACGGCGGCGGCGGCGGAGGCCGCGUGGCGGUGGCUGCCGCUCCACUUCGCGUCGGCGCUCUUCGUCCGGGGCGGCGGCGGCGGCUGGGGCGCCGCGGCGCGGACCUACGGGACGGCCGCGGCGGUCGGUGUCGUCGAGGCCGCCGCGCGGCUCCCGGCGCCGCUCGCCGAGUGCUGGGACGCGCCGCCGGACGCCGCGCACACGCACGCGGGCGCGCGGGGCGAGAUCCUCGACGCGGGCGCCGCGGCGCCCGCGCUCCGCGCGACGCUCCGCCGGACCCUGAGCGGCGCGCCGCCGCGCGAGGCGCUCGUCUUCGUCACCUGCCCCGUCGGCGUCCGGGCCGGGGAGCCCGUCUGCUUCGUGACGCCGGGGCGGCGCUCCGCCCGGGCCGUCGUGCCCGCGCUCGCCCGCGUGCAUCGAGCCAUGGUGCUCCGCGCUGCUGCCCGCCUCGCGCUCGUCGCGACGCUCUGCGGCGCGCUCGUCGCGCCGCGGUCCGCGGUCCGGCGCCGGAGCACGCGGCGCGCGGUCGACGACGACGACGCCGCGGAGCUCGCGCGCCUCGACGCGGCGGCGGAGCAAGCGCGGGCGCGCGCCGAGGCCCAGCCCGUCGACGAGGCGGACGGCGCGCGGCUCCGGCGCGAGUCGACGGCGGAGGCCUACUUCUGGGACUGCGUCGCCGGCGGCCGCUACGUGCGCAGCGGCGGCGCGGACUUCCCCCGGGGCCCCGCGCUCGAUCCCGCCCGCGCGGACGCGGCCGCGGCGCUGCGCCGCGGCGUGCUGGACCUGCCGCGCGCGGGCGAGAUCCGCUGGGCCCAGUCCGAGGACCUCGUCUGCUGCUUCGCCGCCGUCGACGACGGCGUGCGCGCCGCGGACGUGUCCGUGACCGUCGGCACGCGCGCGCUCUCGGUGACGAUCGGCGGCGCGCCCGUGCUCGUCGACGCGCCCCUCCGCCACGAGGUCGACGCGGACGGCUCCGGCUGGCGCGGCCCCGGCGCCCCGCGCUCCCGUUCCGCGCGCGCGCGGUUCCUCGAGGUCAUCGAGGGCCUCGACCGGCGCCACGUCGUCGUCGAGCUGCCCAAGCUCAACGACGCCCUCGUCUGGGCGUCCCUCCUCGACGGCCGCACGGACCGCCAGGUCAUCGAGAGCCUCGAGGACUCCAUCGCCGCGACGGAGGACCUCGAGCGCGGCCCCGCGACCGAGGACCCGCGGAACCGACCCGCUAUGACGAACGAAACCGACGACGACGGCGCCGGCGACGACGGCCUGGAGAUCUGCCGGGAGACCUACGGCGGCGACGUCGCCGUGCGCGUCGCCUGCCGCACGUCCUUCCGCGGCACGCUCCUCGACGGCGGGCUCGACCGCACGGGCCUCAUGCAGUGGCCCGCGCGCGUCGCGGUCAGCGAGUGGCUCUGCGCGGCGCGCUCCACGCUCAAAGGAAAGCGGCUCGUCGAGCUCGGCUGCGGCGCGGGCGGCUGCGGCGCCGUCGCGGCCGCGCUCGGCCUCGACGUCCUCGCCACGGACGCGUCGCCCGAGGCGCUGGCGCUGGCGGCGCGCAACCUCGCGGCCAACGCGGCGCCGGGCGCGCGCUACGACGUCGCGCGCCACGCGCUCGGGCCGCGCGACGUGGCCUACGCGGCCGACGUCGUCUACCCGGCGACGCCGCCGGCCGCCGUGGACGCGCUCUUCGCGUCGGCGCGCGCCGCCGUCGGCGCGUCGGGCGUCUUCGUCCUCGGCUUCGUCGUCCGCGGCGCGCGGCUGCCGGAGCGGCUCUUCGCCGCCGCCGCCGCCGCCGGCUGCGGCGCGCGCGUCCUCGACGGCGGCGCGGCCGCCGCGCCGUGCGGCGCGACGGUCUUCGAGUUCGCCUUCGCCGGCGGCGGCGACCUCGAAGCCUGCGCGAGACGCGCGUACCCGGGCAUCUGGGCCCCCGAGCGGGACGACGGCGACGCGCCGUCGUCCGACGACGAGUGGAUGCCGUUCGCGGGCGAGGCCGCGGCCGACGCGCUGUGGCGCACGUUGCAUUUAAAGGAGCACACGCUGAGCGCCUCGCGUCGCCGCGCGCGCGCCAUCUCCGGCAUGGCCCUCGGCGCGGCGCUCGUCGAGCCGCUGGUCUGGUACGCGUACUACUGGGUGGCCCUCUUCGUGCUCGAGGAGCGGCUCUGGCGCAUCGUGUCCGCCGCGCCGCUGCGGGUCCUGCGGCGCAGCUGGUUCGCGACGUGGGCCUACGCGCCGCUCCACGCCGUCGCGCUGGCCCUCUUCGGGUACGCGCUGCCGGCCGCGGCGGCGACGCUCCGGUCCGCGUGCCUCGCGGACCGGGGCUGCCGCGGCCGCCUCCGGAGCGACGCCUGGGGCCUCUACGACGACAACGACGCGCAGUGGCGCAAGUUCCGGUCCGCGCUGCCGCUCCUGGCCGCCGCCGCGGCCGCGACGGUCGCCGCGGCGCGCGCGUUCGGCGCGCGCGCGCGCUUCCUCGGCGGCCUCGCGUUCGUCGCGGCCGCCCACGGGUCGCACGCGCCCUUCGUCCUCGCGUGGUGCGCCGCGUUCCACGGCGCGGCGCGCGCGCCGCGGCGGCUCGCGCGGCCCGCGGUCUGGGCGCUCGCGCUGCUCGCGCUGGCGUGCAAGGAGCGGGCCUGGCCGCUGCGGCGGCGCAUGACCUGGGCCUACGUCGCGUCCGCGCCGCGGCUCGACGCCCACGGCGGCCUCGCGCCGCUGGCGGACGCGCUGCCGUUCCUCGCGCUGCGCCUCGCCUCGUGCGCGCUCGACGGCCUGCGCGAGCGCGCGCCGGCGACGUUCCGCGACGUCGUGGCCUACGCGACCUACGCGCCGCUCUACCUCGCGGGGCCCGUCGCGACCUACGGCGACUUUGUCGUCCGCGCGCCGCCGCCGGGCGUCGCGUCCUACGCGGCGCGGACGGCGAUCGCGGGCCUCUACCUCGAGGCGGCGCUGCGGCGGACCCACGUCUACGCGCUCGCGGCGUCGGGCGCCUACGGCGCGCUGCCGCCGGGCGCGGCGGCCGCGUUCGCGUUCCUCUUCAUCAACGUGCUCUGGCUCAAGUUCGCGUUCCUCUGGCGGUGCUUCCGGUGCUGGGCUCUGGCGGACGGCGUCGCCGCGCCGGAGAACAUGCGGCGCUUCGUCUGCGACAACUUCACGAUCGCGGGCUUCUGGCGCGGCUGGCACGCGUCGUUCAACGGCUGGCUCCGCGCCUACGUCUACGACGACGCGCGGCGCGCGUGCGGCCCCGCGGCGGCGUCCGCCGUCGCCUUCGGCUUCGUCGCCUUCUGGCACGACGCGACGCCGCGGCUCGCGCUCUGGGGCGCGGCGAACGUCGGCUUCCUCGCCCUCGAGCGCGCGCUGGGCCUCGAGCGGCGCGCGCGCGCCGUCGUCGCCGCGGGCGAGGCGGGGCCGCGGCGCCGGGCCGCGGCCGCCGCGGCCGCCGGGUCCAUCCUCGCGCUCAUCGCGGGCAACGUCGCGGGCUACGCGCUCGGCGCCGGCGGCGUCGCCAGGCUCGCGGGCGCCGUCGCCGCGCGCGACGUCGCCAGGGGCGCGGCGGUCCUCGCCGCCGCGUUCGUCGUGCUCUACGCGGGCGCGAUGGCGGCCCUCGCCGUGCGGCGCCUCGAGCACUCCGGCGAGCAGCAGAACCUGGCGGCGCUCCGGCGCGCCGCCUACGACCUAGAGCACAGCGCCCUCGAGACGCUGCGGGCCGUCGCCGUCGUGCUCUACGAGAAGCGCUUGGCGAGCGGCCGCGCGCCAGCGGACUUCCGACUCAGGGACGACCAUGCGUGCGUCGCUAUGACGCUCACGCGGCGCAAGAACGGCCGCAAGUGCCUGCGCGCCCUCGGCCUCCAGCGCAUCGACGGCGUCUGGCGCGAGACGAACCGCGCCGACCGCGCGCCCCGGCUCGGCGGCGAGGCCGCCUGGUUCGGCGCCGUCGUCGACGAGGUCGACCACCUGCUCUACCGCUACCGGCGCUGGCGCCGCCGCGAGGCCAUCCAGCCCGCGGCGCGCGCCGCGCGCGUCGCCGCGGCCGCGUUCACGUCGGCCUUCCGCAACGCGCUCCGCGGCGACGCCGGCGACGACGACGGCGAGCGCCCGGGCGGCGCGCGGCGCCGCGGCCGGAGCGACGGCCCGGACGCGGGCAACUGGCUCACGUGCUACUCCCGCUGCGCGCUCCGCGGCGUCACGGUCUGCGGCACGGCGUCGAAGCGCGCGGCCAUCUUCCCCGAGAAGCACGCCGCGCGGAGCGCGGCGCCCGACGACGCCGCCGCCGCCGCGCCGCCCGCGGGCAAGAAGGCCAAGAAGGCGCCCGCGAGGGCGCCCGCGCGCGCGAAGCGCGCGCGCGCCGGCGACGACGCGGCGACGAAGGACGUCGCCGACGACGGCGGCGCCGAGCGGCGCGCGCGCGCGCUGCGCCGCGGCGACGUCUGCGCCGUGUCGCGGCGCCGCCUCGAGGGCGCCGUCGUCCGCGUCGCCGGCUCGCGCUGCCGGCCCGAGCUCAUGGGCGACUACGUGCGCUGCGCCGCCGCGCCGGGCGGCGCGCCGACGUACCGCCUCGCGCGCCAGGUCCGCAAGAAGGCGCCCGGCCCGCUCAAGGGCUUCGACGCGCCCUCGGAGGCGAACGGCGAGCGGUGCUGCGUCUACUUCGACGCCGCGAAGAAGCGCUGGUGCCUCGGCCCCGCGCCGGGCUCGACGGUCGUCUUCGCCUACUCGCUCGGCGACCGCUUCGUCGGCGCGGCCGCGUGGCACGCGUUCUCGGCGGACAAGGGCGACGCCGGCGGCGGCUUCGAGCUCGAGUCGUCCUGGUCCGUCGCAUGCGUCGACGUCUGCGACGCGGCCUGGCCCCGCCUCGAGGACGGGUCGUCGAACGCGCGCUACCCCGUCGUCGUCGCCGAGGACCGCGUCGCGGGCUGCGACGACGUCGCCGCCGUCUGGGUCGGCGCGACCCACAAGACCUACGUGCCCCGCGCCGCGCUCGCGCCGCUGCCCCACGGCGAGGCGCUCGCCUUCCUCGUCGAGUCCGACGGCGCGGCGGCGCGGCGCGCGCCGGCCGGCGGCAAGCCCGCGGCGCCCCGGGCGACGCCGAAGAAGUCCGCGGCCGCCGAGGUCCUGGCGACGGUCGGCGCCGCGGCGGCCUUCGGCGCGGCGGCGAAGCCGAAGAAGGCGCCCGCGGGCGCGCGCGAGACGGUGAUGCCUGACGGCGACGGCGACGACGACGGCGACGACGACGACGACGGCGACAAGGACGACGGCGACGGCGAGAAGCCCGCCGAGGCCCCGGAGCCCGCGGCCGCGGCGCCGAAGGCGAAGACGGCGUCGACGAAGCGGCGCGCGACGGAGGACGACGACGGCGACAGCGUCGUCGACGCGAAGGAGUGGACCUACAAGACGGACCAGGAGCGGCGCGUCGAGCGCGAGGACGGCGUGCUCUGCGACGAGGAGCCCAUGGACGUCGCGCGCUGGACCGCGCUGGCCAAGGCGCUGCUCGGCGAGCGCGGCGGCGGCGCCUUCAGCCACGUCUUCGACUGCGACACGCUCGACGCGGGCGGCAAGGCGGGCUGGCGGAGCCGCGUCGCGCCGGAGCUCCUGGGCGUCCAGUUCGACGGCGCGAACUUCACCGUCGUCCACCUGCCCGACGAGGGCGUCACGGACCCGCACGCCGUCGUCUCCCACGACCCCCGGCUCGAGGACCACGUCGUCUGGGUCGCGCGCGACAACGUGUCGCCGACGGCGCUCGAGCGCCGCGCGAAGAACCGCGACCGCGCCUUCGGCGACGUGGACCCCUGGUUCGGGCAGCAGCGCCUCGACGACGACGAGCUCGCCUUCGGCACGGCGGCGAACGCCGCCGACGGCGCGCGCCACGCGGAGCGCGACAGGCACAAGAAGCCCGCGUCGAAGCGCGGCCCGGGCAAGGCCGACUACGACGCCGCCGCGACCGGCGCCGCGCCGGACGCGCUCCAGGUCUGGGACCUGCGGCGGGGCGCCGUGCCGGAGACGCUGCGCGUCGUCACGAGGCCCGCCCGGGCCGACGCCAUGGCCGACGGGGACGACGACGACGAGCCCGAGCCCGUCGCCGUCGACGCCGCGCCGCUGCUCCGCAUGCAGAAGGACCGGUCGUCGUGCCUCGUGCUGCCGCCGAAGCACUGGCUCGAGCUCGCGCCGACGGACGUGCCGACGAACAACGGCUGGGUCCGGGGCCUCAACGACUACACCGUCGUCGUCGACGUCAAGUUCGAGAAGCCCCUCGAGGCGGCCUUCGCGGCGCUCCAGCCCCAGGCGCGCCAGGGCGGCGGCGCGUGCCACUUCCUGCCGCCGGCCGCGCCCGGCGCCUCCGGCGGGCGCGUCGCGUGGCGCGGCGACGCGGCCGUCGACGCGUCGCGCGCCGCGACGCUCCGCGCGCGGCGCUGGAACCGCGUCGUCAUCGCCGUCGAGGCGCAGUGGGAGAAGGGGCGCAAGGUCAAGGUCUACGUCAACGGCGCGCCGAGCUUCGAGGGCUACUGGAACCGCGACGGCGCGCGCACGGACAAGGACAACGUGCCCCUGGCCAAGAAGCAGAAGCGCGGCAAGGCCAAGAAGGACCGGCUCCGGGGCCUCGCGACGGGCUCGCGCCGCGAGGACUGGCGCCGCGAGGCCCCCGCGGCGGACCCGGGCGCGCGCGAGGCCGUCCGCGUCCUCGACCAGGUCGGCCUCUACGACGACGACGAGUGGACCGACGACGAGGACGACGGCGCGCGGCAGGCGCAGGCGCGCGCGGCCUGGUUCUCGUCCGUCGAGGACGUGCCCUGGUACCGGAGCGCGACGUCGUCGCGGGGCCUGAGCGACGCGGAGCUCGCGCUCUCCGGCUUCUCGCUCUUCUGCUCCGACGACGACGCGCUCUGCCUGCCCCAGGCCGUCGCCGUGCGCCGCGUCGCGCUCCACCGGGGCGCGCUCUCCCGCGAGGCCGUCGGCGCGAUCCUCCGCGACGCGCGCAUCUUCUCGUACCUCGACAAGGCCGACGACGCCGCGGAGGCCGCGGCGCUCUCGAAGCGGUCCCUGGCGCCGCUCCUGCUGCGGCCGCCGCCGGCGUGGCGCCACCCCGCGCUCCUCGCGGCCUUUGGGGACGUGACGCUCGCGGGCGUCGCCCAGGGCGGGCCGUCGCUCGUCGCGGCGCUCGGCGUGCUGCGCCUCGCCGCGGCGGCGCUCGCGGGCGGCGCGGCCGCGGACGCGGCGCGCGACGCGGCCGCGGGCGACGCCGCGGCGCGCGCGACGCCGCGGGCCCUCGUCGACGCGCUCGGCGCCGCGGGCCGCGACGCGCUCGGUCGGCUCGCGGCGACGCUCGCGGAGAGCCUCGAGAUCGCGAAGCGGUGCUCCAUCGUCGCCGACGGCCGCAACCUGGCGACGCUGAGCCGCGCGGUCAAGCCCCUCGUCCGCACGCUCGCCGCGCUGCCCAUCGGCGCGUCCGUCCUCGUGCCCCUGCGCCUGCCCAUGUCCGACGGCCGCCACCACGUCCUCGUCUUCGAGCGCGAGGCGCCGCCCGCGGCCGCGGCGGCCGCGGCGCCGGGCGCGCCGCCCGCGGAGGCGCCGCCGGAGGCCGAGGCGACGUACACCGUCGCCGUCGUCUGCGCGCACGCGCACCUCCUGGGCUUCCACGAGUCGACGCUCUGCGCGACGGCGACGGCCUGCAAGGAGCGCUUCCGCACGGCCAAGUCCUUCGGGGGCGUGCCGGCCGCGCGCGCGACGUGCCCCGUCUUCUGGGCCGCGGCGCUGAGCGCGUCGCGCGUGCCGCAGCCGUCGUCGGAGGUCUACAAGGACAAGACGGGCAAGAAGCCCGACCCGGACGAGGAGAAGAAGCGCCGGGGCGUCGCGCUCGGCGCGCUCUACGACUGGCUCCUGCCCUGGCUCGCGGGCCGCCCCUUCGGCCGGGGCCCGCCGGCGGGCGCGACGGUCGACGACUUCCGGACGCCCCAGCGGUCCGGGGCCCACGACUACCGCACGGUGCUCCACUCGCUGGCCUUCGUCGCGCGGCGGAGCGGCCUCGGCCCCGCGGACAGCAAGCAGCUCAUGCUCGCGCUCAAGAUGCAGCUCCUGGCCUUCGCGGAGCACGACCUCUCGUUCCUCGAGUCCAUCGAGGACGCGGACGUCAAGCUCCUGGACAACCACGGCGCGGGCGUCGCGCACUCGGCGGCGAAGCUCGCGACGCGGCCGGACAGGUCGGGCAGCAUGGGGCCCGACGAGCUCGAGGCCGUGCGGUCCGCGGUGCGGCGCCUCGACGACAAGGUGCGCAGCCUGCCGCGGUCCGGCCGCGAGGACGCCGGGCCCGAGCCCCUGCUCCUCGACGCGAGCCACCGGGCGCGGAGGCAGGUGGCGCCCUACCACGGGCUCGACCGGCUCCUGCGGCGCGGCUCCGUCGACAAGUUCGCGGGCGCGGCCAUGUCGUCGCCGCGCUACGUGCCCGUCGACUUCCUCGCCGUGCGCGCGCGCGCGUCGACGCUCGACGAGGCGCUCGACGCCAUGCGCUGGGCGGACCGCGUCUGCACGCUGACCUCCGUCCAAUCCGACCGGGUCAAGCGCUCGGGCUUCCUGAAGCACGCGCUCCUCACGCACGUCUUCACGCGGGUGCUGCCCGUGCCGCGGCCGCGCGGCGCCCUCGCGGACCGGGCGCGGCCCUGCCUCUGGGCCGACGAGGACAUCCUCUACGGCCAGCAGCUCGACGGGCUGAUCCUGCUCCAGCGCCUCGUGGAGCACUUCGCCGCGGCCGCGUUCUCCAUCAAUUCGACGCGCGCGGCCGACGGGUCGCGGACCGUCGUCCCGGCCGUCGCCGCGGCCGUCGCCGACGCGCUCGCGCGCCGCGCGGCCCUCGACGAGCCGAGCUACCUGAGCCUGACGCUGUCCGGCGCCGCGGGCCGGUCGCUCGGCUUCGGCAUCUCCGCGGGCCCGCUCGCGCUCCAGUCGGCGACGAUCGAGGCGCGCGACCCGCACCUGAGCGUCGCGCGGACGAGCGUGCUCGACUACUUCGCGGCCCAGGCGGGCCUCGAGAAGACCAUGUGCUGGGACAUGGGCCAGUCGCGCGCCGCGGCGAACCUCGACGGCAUGCUCCGGUCCCUCUGCGACGAGCUCGCGUGGAACCCGUCGCCGUCGAUCCUGCCCUACUACGCGACGGCGCCGAACCUGCUGCUCGCGAAGAACUGCCCCGAGUGGGCCUGCUACCGCGACGUCGCCUUCUACUUCAAGUACUUCAUGAACACGAGCGCGGCCGCGUUCCCGGCCGCGCCCGCGUCGGACGACGCCUACACGCAGCGCAUGGCCCACCUCUCGUGGUCCUACGACGAGGCGCAGCACCGCUUCGUCGUCGCCGCGUUCUCCAAGUCGCUGGCCUGCGCGUCGUCGAGCGCGGCGCGCUUCCCGUCGAACGCGGCGCCGGGGCCCUACUGCGCGCCGCACGCCGUCGCGACGGAGGACGACGUCCUCCACGUCAAGCAGCUGCCGAGCUUCGGCGACGCGCUGGGCCAGCACGACAGCGAGCUGCUGCUCAGCUACCUCACCGUGCCCUACAUCCGGCUGCCGCUCGUGCUCCGGUUCUUCUCGACGGAGGACCGCGUCCACGCGCUGCGGACGGCGGCGUGCCAGGGCAUCUUGGACGCCGUGCUCUUCGAGCCGGGGCGCUACCUCGAGGCGGGCCUCGGCGACCGCGCGCCGCGGUCCGCGCCCUGCGGCGACGACGAGACGCUCCUCCUCGCGACGCCCUACGGCCACCUGCUCAACGAGCUCCAGCGGUCGCCGAAGACGACGUGCGACGCCGUCGUCGCGCUGCUCAAGCACGCGCUCGACCUCGACGCGGGCACGGUCCGCGCGACGACGGUGCCGAUCAUCCAGUACCUGGCGCGCACCUGCGCGCGCGUCGACGCCUACCUCGACUUCGUCCUCGCCUACGACGCCGACGCCGACCCGCUGAACCCGCUCCGGGACUUCGCGCUGCCCGCGGCGCACCGGUCCGUCAUCGAGGCCGCGUCGAAGGAGCUCCGGCGGCUCCUGCGCGGGCCCGUGCACUGCAUGGUCGAGGCCUGGAUCUCGGAGCUCGCGGCCGAGUGCGCGGACGGCGGCGACAAGACGCUCGUCGACGCGAACGCGCGGCUCAUCGCGAACCUCGAGGCGCACAACCUCGUCGUCUUCCGCACGGCGACGUCCGCGGCCGACAUGACCGAGGACGUCGCGUCGACCGUGGCCUGCGCCAUGACCUACCUGCAGACGCGCCACUCGUGGAACCGCGUCGCGCUCGACGUGCCGGAGACGGAGGUCUUCGGCGCGUACCAGGACCUGCGGCGCCCGCUCCUCGAGCGGCUGACGUCGACGACGGGCAAGGAGCGCGCGGACGUCUGCGAGGCGAUCCUGCGCGUGACCGCCGGCAGCGGCCAGCGCCUCGUCGCCGGCGCCGACGACGUCGCGCCGCGCAAGUGGGCGGCCGUCGCCGAGCCGAAGCACCUCCGGCCCGGCUACGUGUCGGCGCGCUUCACGCUGUCGCCGACGCCCGGCGCGCCCGGCGACGAGCCCAUCGAGUACGUGGACCGCCGCGACGACCGCGGCCGCAAGGGCGACGCGCACCGCGUCAUGCUCGACCUCCAGGCGGGGCUCCUGACCGUCGGGACCAUGCACCUCAGGGCCCUGAGCGCGGCGCACGCGGCGCACCCGGACGUCGUCGCGACCGUCGGCACGCAGGCGGUGCAGGCGGCGACGGUGUCCUCGGCGACGAACCGCGAGUGGCUGCGCCUCGUGUCGUCGUCGCUCGAGCUCCAGAUCUGGACGACGCCGGACGCGCGGCCGCUCGCGCCGCACCCGCCGGGCCUGCUCCGCGAGUACGCGCCGGACGCGCUGGAGAAGGACGAGUACUGGCUCCUCCCGCUCGUCGAGCCGCUGCGCCUCGCCUACUUCAACGACCCGCGGGACCCCGUGCACCUCUGGAUGGCCGAGGACCCCCUCGACGCGUCGGCGACGGUCGCGCGGCUCGUGGCGAACCGGCCGGAGGCGGGCGGCUGCUGGCGGGAGAUCUACGCCUUCCGCGACCACGCCGUCGUCCACGUCUAUGACGUCUUCUCCCACGCGCGGCGCUUCCACCGCGCGCUCGUCCACACGACGGACACGCGCUUCACGCUCAAGGAGAUGCAGCCGGAGCUGCCGCCGCCGUGCGGCGCGGGCGACCCCUUCGAGAGCCUCGGCCCGAACGAGGCGACGUCGGUGGCCGUCAUGCGCGACCACGACCACGCGGGCAACCUGUCGCUGACGCGCGAGACGUACGUGCCGACGCGGCUGCUCGCGGGCCAGCUCCCGGAGGCGCUCCUCGACGCCUACGAGUGGUGGCAGGACGAGGGCGACGACCUCGUCGGCUACCCGCCGUCGACGCGCGGGGACGCCGCGGCGGGCGGGGCCGCCGCGGGCCGCGACGGGCCCCGGGCCGGCCGCCCGGACGAGGACGGCGGCGACGGCGGGGUCCCCGCCGGCGACGCCGAGGCCGAGGCCUUCGUCGUCCGCGUCGCGCUGAAGCGCGAGCUGCCGCUCCUCGCGGCCGCGCUGCCCUGGCUCGGCGCGACGGUGCGCCGCGUGCCCCUGGCGCUCGCGCGGCGCCGCGCGGCGGCCGCGCGCGACGUGCUCACGCGCCUCGCGCUGCCGACGUCCAAGGCCCUCGUGGAGCUGCCGCCCAUCGAGAGCCGCGCGGCGGGCGCGGACCACGGCGAGCGGACGCCGUACGCCAUGGCCGUCGCGGCCAUCGCCAAGCUCGUCGAGCGCCACGCGCCAGAGCACGUCGUCGCCGCCGUCGGGGCCCUCGCGCCCGAGUCGCGCUUCGAGACCGUCGGGUCGCUGUGCGCGGCCGUCGACGCGGCGCUGCCCGCGGGGUCCGGCGGCGACGUCGCGGAGCACCGCCUGCUGAACCUGCUGCUGGCCAAGGAGGGCAGCGAGCUCCACUCCGUCGCGCGGACGCUCUCGCGCGUCGACAACCUGUCGUCGAUCCUCGCCUGGACGGCCGCGACGACGCGCGACGAGCCCGACGCGGAGCCGACGUACGCGAUCUCCGUCGUCGAGCUCCCGCGCCUCAAGCUGAGCUUCGCGGAGCGCGGCGGGAAGCUGUACUCGCUGGACCACGCGCAGCUCGCCAUCUCCAACGUGUCGAACGCGAUGACCAAGUCGCUGAUCCGCGGCCUGCCCCACUCGCUCCUGCUCGCGAACGCGAACGACGAGCUCACCGUGCUCCUGCCGUCGGUCCGCGUGACGCGGCCCGCGCUCGGCGUCUUCUCGACGGCGCUCGUCGUCGACCGGACGAACGCGCCGGUCGGCGCCGGCCGGCGGGCCUGGGGCGCCGCGCUCAAGGACGGCUUCUACUACCUCUACGACGCGCACGUGUCCCUCGGCUAUCUCAUCUGCCCGACGCUCGCGGCGAGCCUCUACCUGCUGCUGCUGCGCUUCCUCUCGCGGGACUACGCGCGCUGCUUCCAGCUCGCGCGCGCCGUCGGCGUCGACUACGAGCUCUCGGAGGAGUGCGCGAACAUCCUCGCGGCCUUCGCGGCCGGCAACGACGACGACCACCCGGACGCCAUCUCCUGCCGCCUGCGCGUGACCAUCGUGCUCGCGGACGCGGGCGCGACGGUGCCCUGGGACGUCGCGUCGCAGUGCGCGAAGCUGUGCGCGAAGCUCGUCGAGAAGCUCUCGCGCGUCUCCGCGUCCUGCCGCCUGUCGCGCGAGGAGGAGCUGCGCCUGCUGAAGCGCUUCGCCGUCGUCGACGCGUCGAAGCACAGCGUCGCGGAGCGGACGGCGAUCCGCAACCGGCGCGAGCACCUCGCGGCGCUCGCGUCCGGGCGCGCUUCGCCGACGUUCGCCGCGUCGCUGUCGCCCAAGUACGUCCACGGCGGCGACUGGGUCGCGCGCGUCGCGUCGAACACGCGGCCCGUGCUCCAGGCGCGGCCCGAGUUCGCGGCGGGCGUCCAGCUCUUCGCGAGCCGCGACGCGGACCCGACGAUCUACGGCGUCCAGGCCGUCGACGAGCUCUUCGCGCUCCUGCAGGCGAAGGCGAACGGGAGCCCGGAGGACGUCCUGGGGUCCACCCACGGCCGCGGGUUUCUGUACCUGUACUCGCUGCUCGCGGGCGGCGCGUCCGUGGACGUCUUCGGCGGCGGCUCGGCGUCGUGGUCGACCGCGGCGGCGACGUCGACGCGCUCCUCGUACUCGCGCGGCGCGACGUCCUGGGACCUCGACUUCGACGACUACGACGCGGACCUGGACGCGUGGGACGACCGGCGCUGGCGCAGGCCGACGCGCGCGCCCGCGACGCCGGCGGGCCGGUCCUGGGCGGGCCUCGCGAUGUUCGCGCUCGAGAACGUCGCCGGGCCGUCGCCCGUCGCGUCGAUCCUGGCGACGCUUGCGUCCUACCCGGAGCUCGUCCCCGGCCUCCCGGAGUGGCGCAAGCCGUCGGCGGGCGGCGCGAAGACGAAGGGCCGCGGCCGCGCCGUCGGCGACUCGACGAAGCGCGUCUUCAGCGGCCGCGACCCGAGCGUCGCGGCGCUCUUCGACGAGAUCCUCGAGGUCCUCCCCCCGAAGCUCAGGGAGACGCUCGCCGCGGCGCCGGACCCGCCGACCUGGACGGUCGGCGACGCGAAGCACGAGGUCUCGCUCUCGUCGAUCCCGCGCGACCGCCAGCACGGGCCGGGCCACGACGACCGCCAGCCGCCGAGCCACGAGAGCGCGCUCACGACCAUCGCCGAGCACAUCCCGCACUGCCGCUGCGGCCCGGACGUCGGCUGGGCCCGGCCGGACGUCUCGGACCACGCGGCGUCGCCGUCGACCCGCCUGCGCGCCGUCGACGCGCCCUUCGUGGCCAAGAUCGCCGCGGAGCUCGAGGCCUCGGAGCGGCGCGAGGCCGCGAACGCGGCGCUGCUCGAGCGGCGCAAGGUCCUGAGCGCGGCGCACGUGCGCAAGGCGCUCGACGACGCGCCCCUGUUCCGCAAGGCGCGGCGCAUGGACGUCGACGGCGCGACGCCGACGGACUUUCGCUGGUUCGACGACGAGGCGCUGGACGCCGCGGCCGCGGACCACCUCGAGGCCGUGGCGGCCGGGGGGCGGUUCCGGGACGGGUCCGUCGUCGCGGUCUUCGCGGGCGCGGCCUGGGAUCCCGAGAGCCGCCUGGCCGUCGGCGCGCUGAAGACGCUCCACGAGAAGCUGCGCCGCGAGGGCGGCGACGGCUCCUUCGAGAUCAUCUUCGCGAGCCUCGACCAGUCCGAGGCGGAGAUGGCCGAGUUCUUCGUCGCGGACCACGGCGACUGGCUCUGCCUGAAAUACGGCGACAAGGCCGCCGCGGACCGGCUCUUCGGCCUCUGGAAGCCGGGCGGCGCGCCCGCGCUCCUGCUCCUCGACGCGACGGACGGCUCCGUGCUCUGCGAGGACGGCUUCGCGGCCCUGCGGAAGGAUCCGACGGCGGAGAAGUUCCCCUGGUGCGACCGGAAGCGCUUCUCGCUGGCGAGCCUGCGGAACCAGCGCGCGCUCGGCCUCGUCGACGACGGCGACGGGGACCGCGCGACGAUCCGCGCGCCGCCGACGGCGCAGGCCGUGCUCCGGGCCUUCCGGAAGCGGUCGCUGGCGUGCCACCCCGACAGGCUCCCCGCGGACGACGGGUCGCGCCUCGUCCGGGCGCGGCUCGUCGCGGCCAAGGCCCAGUUCGAGCGCCUGAGCCUCGCGAAGGAGAACCUGCUCCACGAGAUCGAGGCGCGCGCGUCGACGUGGGCGGGCGGCCGCGGCGGCGCGGACGCGGCGGCGCUCGACCUGUCGCGCGACGCGCUCGCGCCCUUCGCGGGCGAGCCCCUCGCGGGCGGCGUCGACGUCGCGCGCUACGUGGCCCGCGAGACCCGGGCCGUCGCGGCCGCGGGCGCGCUGCCCUUCGACGCGUCGGGCAGCGUCCACGCGCGGUCCGCGGUCGCGAAGCGCCUGCUCGCGCGCCUCGACGACGACGCGCGCGUCAACGCGGAGGCGCGGCGCGACGAGCGCGUACCGUCGCUGCGGUGCCUCGACGACCGCGCGCUCGCGGGCAUCUGCGGCGGCGACGACGCCGUCGGCGGCGUCCACCGGGACCACGCGCUCCGCGAGGUCGGGCAGCUCGUCGCGGACCUCGAGGAGCUCAAGAGCGCGGACCUCGUCUUCAUGGCGCGCGCGCGGCGCCUCGCGCGCUUCGCCGCGAACCGCCUGGACGCGGGCGACGGCGACGGCGACGAGGCCAUGGGCCGCGGGCCGCGCGACGUCGCCCAGGCCGCGCACGCGCUCCGGCGGCGCGCGGGCGCGGAGGCGACCGUCGACGAGGAGUUCCUCUACUCGUGCCUGCUCAGCAGCGAGGGCGCCGCGGACGUGAGGCGGAUCAACCCGUUCCUCGGCGACGCGACGCGCGUGCUCGACCUCGCGACGGCGCUCAUGCUGCACGCGUCGCGCGUCGGCGCGAACAACCGCUGCCUCACGGCCGCGGGGGAGCUGCGGGCGCUGCUCCGGGGCGCCGGGUCCGCCGCCGGGAGCGACGCGGACCGCCUGCGCGAGCGCCACGCGCUCCGCCUCAAGUCCGAGGCGCUCGCGGGCCUGCUGUCCGCGCGGCGCCACUUCGCGGACGCGGACGGCGACGGCUGGACGUACGACCCGCGCUUCCUGCUCACGGAGUUCGCCUGGAACAUCGUCCUGCGCGAGAAGCAGGUCGCGCUCGUGCGCGACAUCGCGGCCGCCGUCGGCGACGCGUCCCGGGUCAGCGCCGUCGUCAAGCAGAUGCUCAUGGGCGGCGGCAAGACGACGGUCGUCGCGCCCCUCCUGGCCCUGCUGCUCGGCGCCGACGCGCGCGCGCUCGUCGCGCUCGUCGUGCCGCCCGCGCUGCUCGAGUUCAGCCGCGCGAACCUGCGCGCGACGUUCAACGCCGUCAUCCACAAGCCGGUCUACACGCUGGAGAUCGACCGCAACACGACGGUGACCGCGGAGACCAUCGCGAAGCUCGACCACUGCCGCAAGUCGCGCGGCGUCGUCAUCGCGACGCCGUCGACGGUCAAGGCCGCGCACCUCAAGUACGUCGAGUGCUGCGAGCUCCUCACGGACGCGCGGCGCGUCGCGGGCGCGGGCUCGGCCGCGGGCGGGCCCUGCGAGAACGCCGUGGACCUCGCGGCCGUCGAGGCCCACGCGUCGGAGCUCCGGCGGCUGUUGGGGUUGUUCAAGGGCGGCGUCGCGAUCGUCGACGAGGUCGACCUCGUGCUCCACCCGCUCAAGAGCGAGCUCAACUUCCCCAUCGGCGACAAGGUGCCCCUCGACUUCUCGCCGGAGCGCUGGCAGCUGGCCAUCCACAUGCUCGACGCCGUCUUCAGCUACGAGACGGGCGCGUCGUCCGUCGGCUUCGACGAGUCCGUCCUCGCGCGCAAGGUCCUCGGCGACCUCCGCCGGGCUAUCGACGACGGCUUCCGGAGGCGCGCGCUCCAGCGGUCGCCCCACCUCACGCUCCUGAGCCUGUCCUACUACCACGACACGCUCAAGCCCAUCCUCGCGGAGUGGGCCGUCUUCUGGCUCAUGAAGAGCCACGUCGGCGGCGUGACCCGCGAGGACACGCUCCGGUUCCUCGUCGAGGGCGCGUCGGAGGCCGGGCCGAACGCGGACGUCGCGCGGCGCAUCAACGAUCGUUCGACGAUCGACGCGGCGCACGCGCAGAUGCUCACGCUCGCGCGCGACUGGAUCCAAUCCUUCCUGCCGCACUGCCUGUCGAAGAUCGACCGCGUGUCCUUUGGCGUGCUCGACGCGACGGACCUGCAGCGCGCGCUCGCGCAGGACCCGCGCAUGCCCCUGUCGCGGCGCGUCCUCGCGAUCCCCUUCGUCGGCAAGGACACGCCGAGCCGGUCCUCGGAGUUCGCGCACCCGGACGUCAUCAUCGGCCUCACGAUCCUCGCCUACCGCUACAGCGGGAUGCCCUACUCGGCCGUCGAGCGCGUCGUGUCCGCGCUGCUGGCGUCGUUCGAAAAGGAGCUCGGGCCCUUCCGGCGGCGCAAGUCGAGCCUGCUCUUCGAGCACUGGAUCUCCGCCGCGGGCGGCGCGCUCAAGACGUCGGACACGGCGUCGUCGAUGAUCUGCGAGACGGGCGACGACGUGCGCCGCGCCGUCGAGCGCCUCGUCAACGACGAGGAGUGCGUGCCCCUGCGGCUGCUGCGGCGCUCGAACAGCGGCCAGAUGAACAAGAUCUACAAGCUGCUGCGCCGGUCGCCGCACUGCGUGCACCACUUCCUCGAGUCCUUCGUCUUCCCGGAGCACAUGCGCCACCAGUCGACGAAGCUCUCCGCGAGCGGCCAGGAGAUCGGCGGCGACGUCCUGUUCCCGCGGCGCGUGGGCUUCUCGGGCACGCCGUCGGACCUCAUCCCCGCGGAGCUCGGCCGCUGCGGCUACGAGCUCGGCUCCGACGGCUACAUGAUCGAGUGCCUCACGCGGGCCGACGUCUCGGCGCACGUCAACGUCGCCGACGACUGGACCGUCGACUCGCUGCUCCGCGACGUCGCGCGGUCCGAGGCGCCGCGGCUCAACGCGCUCAUCGACGUCGGCGCGCUGGUGACGGGCGUGAGCAACGAGCAGGUCGCGCGGCGGCUCCUGGACCUCGGGCUCGCGCCGUGCGACGGCGUCGUCUUCCUCGACCCGGAGACGGACAAGAAGAUGAUCCUCGUGCGCGCGACGAAGCGCGUCGUCGCGCUGGAGACGUCGGGCAUCCCGCCGCACCGGCGCUUCGCCUUCUACGACAACAUCCACACGACGGGCAUGGACAUCCACCACUCCGCGACGGCGGUCGCCGCGGUGACGCUGGGCAAGGACUCGAACUUCCGCGACUACGCGCAGGGCGCGUUCCGCAUGCGCGGCGUCGCCAAGGGCCAGCGGCUCGUCACGCUCCUCAUCCCCGAGCUCCGGGACCUCGUGCGGCGGGACCUCGCGCUCGCGCGGAUCCCCUGCCCGCCCCAGCUCGGCGGCGACGCGCCGGGCGAGGCCGGCGACCUGAGCCCCGUCGGCGUCGCCGUCGUCGCGUGGCUCACGCUCCAGUCCAUGAAGGGCGAGCGGCUCCAGUUCAACCAGCUCUCCGUGCAGAACGCGCUGAACGUGCCGCGGAAGAACGCCUUCGCGGCGCUCCUCGGGGCCGCGCUCGCCUCCGGCAGCGGCCAGCGGCUCACGCUGUCGGCGCCGUCGGUGACGGGCUCGACGCGGCGCGCGACGGCGGACGCGGCGACGGAGGCGACGAUCACGCGGACCAAGGGCUUCGUCGUCACGGCGAUCCGCGUCGACCACGACGCGCCCUUCGGCGGCGGCCGCGGCUUCGUCCAGAUCUACGACCGCCACCCGUCGAAGACGUUCUUCCUGCCGCUCCGGAGCCCCGACGGGGCGCUGCUCUGGACCUGCGACGACGCGGCGUUCGAGGCCGCGGCCGACGCGCACGCGUCGAACCCGACGUUCGCGGCGGACGUGCGCGCGGCCGUCGGCGUCUACCUCGAGCCGCUCGACUUCGCGGUCGCGGACCGCGUCGCGCCGCCCGCGCCGCUCGCGGAGACGCUCGCGCGGAGCGUCGAGGACCACGCCAAGUUCGUCGCGUCGCCCGAGGACCGCGACCGCUGCGCGCGCUGGGUCGACGCGCUCCGGUCCAUGCCCGUCAAGGCCGAGGAGUGCGAGCUCGCGCGCGAGAUGGUCCAGGAGAUGGAGGAGGAGCGCGAGAAGCAGCAGGAGCAGGAGCAGGAGCGGGCCGUCGAGGUCGAGAAGUACGUCGACUGCGCGUACCGCCGCGACGGCGAGAAGCCGUCGAGCUGGCCGCUGGACCGGCUGCGCCACCGCGACCUCUGCCGCCAGUUCUACCCGCUCAGCGACUUCAGGCUCUUCGCGCGGCGGCCGCUCGAGUUCCCCGCCUUCGUCCUGAGCUCGGACAACUACUUCCGCCGCGACUGGAUCGGCGAGCGGCGCCUGAAGAACGUCGUCGUCACGGCGGAGUGGAUCCCCGACGUCGGCGCGCUGGCGCCGGCGCUCCACGGCGGCGCGCGGACGACGGGCCGCUACGCGUCCGCGGCGAGGAUCCUCGCCGGCGCGGGCGCCGUCGCCGACGACGACGUCGCCGAGCUCUCGCGCCUCGCGGCCCACGCCGCGAGGGACGACGCCCUGGCCGCGGCGCGGGCCAUGGGCGGCGGCGCGCUCGCCGCGGACGGCUUCGAGGCCCUCGCGACGUCCGGGCGCCUCGAGCCCUACGAGGACGGGCGAUUCGUCGUCGCCGUGUCGCUCGCGGAGGCCGAGACGCUCCGGCGCGUGCUCCACGUGCGCCAGGGCCGCGCGCUCCUCGACGGGUCGCGCUGCGCGCUCGCGCUGAGCCUCAACGACGACACCGUGCUCGACGCGUCCACGGACUUCGCGCCGGCGGCGGCGCCCUUCUCGCGCGACGCGAGCCGCGCGUGCCUCUCCUUCUUCGACAGCAACGCGUACCACGGCGAGCGCGACCUCAACGUCCUCGUGCGGUCCCUCGGCUGGCGCAACGCGCCGAGCGCGCGGCGCCGCUGGUUCACGCAGGUCGCGGCGUGCCGGCGCCGCUUCUCGCGGCCCUGGCGCGAGCAGCCCGUCGCGGCCGUGUUCCAGCUGAGCGACGCGGGCUCGAUGACGCUCCUCCGGUGCCUGUCCGCGGGGCUGCGGCGCGCGCUGGAGCGCGCGGGCGUCCACCUCUUCGACGCGUUCCACGAGGCCUGGGACGCGUCGGGCAACGGCAUCCUGUCGCCGAAGGAGGUCGUCGCGGCCCUGCGGGCCUGCGGCCUCGGCGGCGCGGCGUCGCUCGACGACGUCCUCGACUUCGUCGACCGCGCCGACGGCGACGGCGACGGGAACCUGUCCUACUACGAGCUCGUCGACGCGCUCCGCGACCCGGAGGAGGCGCCGGACGACGACGGCGACGACGACCGCGACGACGCGGCCCUCGCGGACAAGGCCGCGCUGGCCGCGCUCGCGCCGGCGCCCGACGCGGCCGCGGACGCGGCCGUCGACGCCGCGCGGCGCGCGCGCGCGCGGCGGCGCCUCGACGCCGAGGCCGCGGAGCGCGACGCCGACGCGCGGGAGGAGGAGCGCGUCCGCCUCGCGGUCGAGCGGGCCGAGGACGAGCAGGACGCCAGGUUCGGGCGCCGGUCGAACCCGUCCGUCGACGCGAGCAAGCCCGGCGGCGAGGCGACGUUCAGCUUCGCGACGGGCCGCCACGUCCGCGGCGCGCGCGUCCGGGGCACGACGGCGUUCCUCGAGCGGGCCGGCGCGAUCGAGCUCGCGGCGUCCGGCGCGGGCCUCUUCGCGCGGUCGCGCGCGGACCAGCGCUCCGAGGUGAUGCGGGUGCUCCGCGCGACGCCGGGCCUCUGCGGGCCCGAGGAGGACCUGACCUACCUCGUGCCGUCCGUCGACCGGCUCCUCGACGCCGCCGCGCAGGCCAACUCGGAGGCGCAGCUCUGGACGCAGGUCGAGGAGUGCUUCGGCAGCAGCUCGGCGCUGCGCCGGAAGACCAAGGACGCGGCCGCGGGCGCGUCGGCGGCGGCGCCGUCCGACCCGAAGGAGUACGACUUCGCGACGUCGCUCGCGGCGUCGUCGGCGUCGACGGCGGGCGCCGAGGACCGCGCCGCGGAGCGCGUCGAGUCCUUCUCGCGGCGCCAGGGCUCGCCGCGCGGCGAGACGUUCACGCCGCGGAGCGAGAAGGCGACGCGGGCCGACGUCGCGCGCUUCGAGAAGGUCGGCGGCAAGGCCCUCGAGGGCAAGACGAUCACGGUCACGGACGCGGGCCAGGGCGCGGGCGUCAACGUCGGCUCGUGCGUCGUCCUCACCUGCUACGGCAACGCCAAGGUCGUCAAGGUCGCCUGGCUGCCCGGCCGCGACCGCACGGACGUCGUCGACCUCGGCUGCGCGGCCGCGCAGUUCGUCGUCGAGGCGCGCGAGGGCGGGCUCCACGAGUUCAAGGCCGGCAAGGCCGUCGACGCCGUCGCCAAGGCCGGCGGCGGCGCGACCUUCGUCUUCGACCCCGCCGCGCGCCGCGACGGCGACGCCGGCGGCGCGCCCGACGCGCGGGCCGACGCCGCGGGCCCCCGGUCCGUCGCCGAGAAGAACAAGGCGUCGUCCGCGUCCCUCCCCCUCCUCCUCGGCGAGCGCGCGCGGCUCAUCGGGACUCAAGCGACUCACCUGGGCUCCUUCAGCGACGGCCGCCUCGUCGAGAUCGCGCACGCCGCGAGCCGCACGGUCGUCAUCGUCUCCGAGACCUUCGGCCGCGUGACCGCGCGCGACGGCGAGUGGGCCUACGUCGACGCGGGCGCCGUGGCCAAGCUCGCGCGGCAGAUCCGCGUCGGCGCGCUCGUCGUCGUCGCGGACGCGGUGUGGAAGGAGCGCCGGCCCUGGGCGCGGAACCUGCCGGCCGUCGUCGUCGCCCUCGACGGCCAGCGGGCCGCCGUGAAGCUCCCGGAGCGCGCGCAGGACGGCGACGCGGCCGCGUCGCGCGUCCAGCGCGUCAACGUCGCGGACCUCGAGGUCGCGCCGCCCUCCGCCGCGCCGACGCGCGCGCGCGUCGACGUCGUCUUCCCCGGUCGGGCGGCGGCGCGCGGCGACGCGCUCCGGGCCGCGCAGCGGUUCAAGGUCUCCACGAAGCUCGUGCCCUCGGACCUCGCGGACGAGCUCGCCCACGUCGUCGGCGAGAUCCACGUCGUCCGGCGCCGCGACGCGCGCGGCGGCCUGCCCGCGGCGACGGCGACGGUCGCCGUCGCCGGCGAGGUCGUCGCGACGGCCGAGAUCCCCGGCGCGCGGCCCCGGUCGGCCUCCGGCGGCCUCCCGUUCAGGGACGCGAACGCCAUGGACGAGUCCGGCGACGGCGGCGCGCCCCGGAAGGCGCCGCCGGCCGCGGAGCCCCGGGAGGCCGAGGCGACGACGACGCACGCCUUCGCCGGCGGCGUCGGCGGCGCCGUCGCGGGCCUGCUCCGCGCGCGCCAGGCCAACGAGGCCGCGUCGCUCCUCGUCGAGGUCCGCGUCGAGCCCGCCGACGCCGGCGACCGGGACCUCUUCGCGCCGCUGUCCGCGGCGCCCGCCGGGCGCCUCUCGCUCGUCAGCGACGCGCGCGACGCGGCCAAGUCGGCCCAGGAGCGCGGCGUCUCCUUCAUCGCGUCGCCCUGCGACGAGGGCCGCGUCGCGGGCUUCGCGUACCGCGCGGGCCCGCACGGCCUCGGCUACUACCUCGAGCACGAGCGGGCCGCCGACGCCGCGCGCGCCCGGGAGGUGCUCACGGAGUACUGCGGCACGCGCGCGCACGUCGACGCGGCCAUCUACGUGUCGAACCCGCUCCGGGGCCUCGCGGCGGCGGCGCCGGAGCCGGCGGCGCCGGAGCCGGCGGGCCCGCCGCGCUUCGAGUUCGCUUUGAACGGCGAGCCCUCCGCCAAGUGCGUCGUCGCCGUCGCGCGCACGGCGACGCUCGGCGACCUCAAGGCCAAACUUGAGCUGGCCACGGGCGUCCCCGCGGCGUCCCAGGUCCUCUUGGCGCCGGGCGACUCGGAGACGUUUAUGGCGAAGUUAUCCGAAUCGCAACGCGAGGCGUUCGAAGCACUCGACGCGCUUAUCGGCGAGACGGAGAAGCACGUCGAGGGCUGGGUCGAGAAAGUCGCGGAAGCUCUCGGCCGCACCAUCAAAGCGUACGAGGACUGUGGCGCGGUCGCGGAGGACGACGCCGCGACGCUCGUCGCCCUCGGGCUCGGCGACGCGGACAAGGCCACGGAGAUCCAGGUCCUGCCUCGGCCGGAGUCCAUCCUCGAGCCGCUGACGCAGAUUAUCGUCAAGCAGCCGGUCCCCGGCGGCGGCGCCGUCGCGCGCGCCGUCGCCGCGUCCCCGACCGAGACGAUCCGCGGCCUGAAGCUCAAGCUCUCGGAGCUCGGCGUCGGCAUCGCGCCCGAGCGGCAGCGCCUCGCCUUCGCCGGGAAGGCGUGCGCGGACAGCGCGACGCUCCGGGGCCUCGACAUCUUCCAGAAUUGCGUCCUCGCGGUCGAGGAGUCGGAGACGGGCAACGGCGGCGGCCGUUCGCUGAACCAGUGGACCGCGUGCGUCCGCGUGCGCGUGGGCCCGCGGUCCGAGAAGGGCAAGGCGACGUCGCGGCCGCUGCUGGGCGCGGCGCCGCCCGGCGCGCGCGCGGACGACGCGCCGCCGCUCCUCGCCGUCGACGACUCGGGCGUCGCCGGCGCGCUCGGCGUCUUCGCGUCGGCGGACUCGGUGCGCGGUGCCAAGGUCCAGGACGCGAUCACGGACAAGGGCGACUUCACCCACGUCCACCUCGCCGACGGCGACACGUGCUGGGGCUGGACCGAGGUCUGGCUCGUCGUCGACGCGGGCCCGCACGACGAGGCGCACGCGACGACCUACGUCAACGGCUCCGCGCACACGCGCGUGCGCGCCGCGGACGACGACCGGUCGAGGGCGCUCCUCGCGCUCGACGGGCCCGCGAGCCUGCCCGCGCGCUUCGCGCUCUUCGGCGCCGGCGGCUCCGCGGCCGUCGCCGACGUCCACGAGUUGGUGUUGUACGGCCGCGCGCUCAGCGGCCGCGAGGUCCUCGACGUGCACGCGCGCCGCGUCCGCGCGCGCGCGGACCUCGCGCGCGCCGAGGGCGCCGACGACGGCGACGACGUCGUCGGCUCCGAGGAGUGCCACACGCCCGAGUGGCGCGUCGAGGAGGUGCUCCGCGCGGGCGCCGCGGGCGACGCGCGCGCGCCCGCGAUCGCGCGCGGCGUCACGCUCGCGGCGCGGCGCGCGUGCACGUCGGCGCUCGCCGUGCUCGGCCGCCGCCUCGCGUUCUUCGUGUCCGACGACGCGUCGAAGGAGGCGCUCGUCGCCGCGGGCCUGCCCGAGCUCGUCGCGAGCGAGGACGCGCUGGAGCCGGACGAGUACGACGAGGGGGUCUCGCCCGAGCUCGUGCUCGCGGCGUUCGAGGCCGCGACGGACCCGGCGCUCGGCGCGCUCGCGCGGCGCGCCUUCGACGGCGCGCAGCUCGCGCGGCGCGCCUUCGCCGCGCACGCCGACGGCAAGAAGUUCGAGACGCUCGGGCUCCGCGCGCCCGCGAGCGACGGCAAGUCGACGAUCCUCUACCUGCUCACCGCGGAGACGGCGUCGGCCCUCGCGCGGCGCGUCAAGGGCGACGCCGCGGACGCCUCGAAGAAGCGCAAGGCCUCGGACGCGGACGACGCCGCGCCGGCGCCGCGGCCGCCGGACGUCGCGUCGCCGAAGCUGCGAUGGGCGCCCGCGACGGCCGCGGCCCUGGCGUCCCCGCCGUCCCACGCGAAGUGGCGCCUGACGGGCCUCGGCGCCGUCGCCUGCCAGGCCUACCCGGACCUGGUCCUCGGCGCGGACGACGCCGGCGCGCCCGCGCUGCUGCCGGCGACGCACGACGCCGGCGACGGCGUCAAGUGGGAGCAGAAGGGCGACGAGAAGCAGCGCCUGAGGCUCGGGGCCAAGGUCUUCGGCGCGACGUUCCCGCGCGGCGGCCGCGCGGCGGGCGCGCCGGUCCUCGCCGACGACGCCGCCGACGACGCCGCCGACGACGCCGCCGACGACGCCGCGACGCGCCGGCUCGCGGUGCACGUCGAGUGGUCGCCCGCGGACGAGGCCUCCGCCGCGGAGGCGGCCCAGGCCGCGGCGGAGAAGAAGAAGAUCCGCAUCGGCGCGAGCGUCAUGAUCAAGGAGACCGCCUGGGGCGGCAGCAACGCGUCGAAGGCGUACGGCCGCGUCACGGACGUCGACGGCGACGGCAGCCUGCGCGUCGACGUCGUGGACUGGGGCGAGGUCGUCGUCGCGCCCGAGGACGCGACGCUGCUCUCGAACGCGGCGGCGCGCGCGGGCGCGGGCGACGGCCCGAAGAAGGCCAAGUUCGCCUACACCAAGGGCGAGGCCAUCUUCUCGGGCGUCCAGCGCAACGUGCCGCUCGCGUUCCUCGACGACGACGCGGGCGGCUGGACGCGCCACUACUGCGCGCCCUACGCGCGGCCGACGCACGCCGACGACCUGCGGUCCAUCCCGGAGGACGCGACCUACGUGCUCGUCGGGGCCGUCAAGGCCGGCGCGCAGUCGCUCGCGCUCGCGGCGAUCGGCGAGCGCGACGUCGUCGUCGGCCCCGCGAACCCGCUCGCGCGGCCCCCGGACAUCGACGUCGACUGGUCCGACGAGCUCGGCGCCGAGGAGGAGCCCGCGCGGUCGUCGAACGGCGCCUACUGGUACCUCCGGGAGGGCCUGAGCUUCGGCUUCGCGGCGGAGCAGCACGUCGUCCUCGCCGCGGCCGACGUCUGCUCGCGGGGCACGGAGCCGGGCGCCCUGCGGCUGAGCUGGCACCUCGAGGGCUCGGGGGGGCACCGCUGCGGCAAGGAGUUCAGCCUCGACGACUCGCGCGCGUGGCUCAAGGUCGUCUACUACACGACGAAGACGCCGAGCCGCCCGCGCCCGCUCUUCACGUCCGCCGCGCUCGAGCGCCUGGGCGUCGAGACCUACGACGGGCUCUGCGAGGACUACUCCUACGAGGUCCACGAGGACGACUCCCUCGACGACGGGCCCGUGUCGCGCGCGUACUCCGCGUGCCUCGAGGUCUUCCUCCGCCAGCUCUGCGGCCGCGCCUGGGAGUCGCUCGACGCGUCCUGGAAGGCGACGGAGAGCCGCAAGCAGCCCGGCGAGUUCUACUUUGCGGACGCCGUGUCCGGCCAGUCGCUCUGGUCCGGCGCGGCCGUGGGCGUGCUCCGCGCGUGCCACGUCUGGCGCGUGCUCGCCGACGAGGCGGACCGGCGGCGCGCGCUCGGCGACGACGACGAGUUCGGCUCGACGCUCGCGGCGGCCGCGGCCGACGCGUCGCGCUACGUCGGCGGGAGCGACGACCUCCGCGCGCUCCGCCUCGAGCCCGCGGUCUUCGACUCGUCGGCGAGCCUCGCGGAGGGCGGCGCGGCCGCGGCGCUGCUCAAGGUCGGCGCCAAGGUCGCGUUCUACCCGGACCACGAGGGCGAGGGCCACCACCGCCGCCGCAACCCGCGGGGCGCGACGGUGACGAAGCUCGACGCGCAGGACAACUGCGUGCAGCUCAAGUACGCGGGCUCCGCGACGACGUGGGUGCCGCUCGACGCGCUGGGCGUCGACGAGCUGCCCAAGCUCGGCUUCGCGGCCAAGGCCCUGGACCGCGUGCCCCCCGCGCGCGGCGCGCUCUCGGACCCGCUCGCGGACCCGCGCGCGGGCCGCGCGGCGCGGCCCUUCGGCGGCGCCGGCGCCUGGCGCGGCGCCCUCGGCGUGGGCGACGACGUCGACGCGCGCCUCGGCGGCGCGGCGGCCUGGCUCGACGCGCGCGUCGUCGCCGUCGACGGCGACCGGCUCCGGGUCCGCUACCGCGCGCACGGCCCGUCCAGGGACGCCUGGGUGGACCGCGGGUCCGACGACGUCGCGCCGGCGACGUCCCGCGUCGGCGCCUGGCGCGCGGGCCUCGGCGACGCGGACGCCGCCGCCGCGGACCCCGCGGCCGGCGACUUCGACAUCAAGCAGAGCUCCUUCGCGCAGCCGGGCUCCCAGUGGCUCCGCGCGCGCGUCGUCCAGCGCGACGGCAAGGGCGGCCUCCUCCGCUGCGCGGUCUACCACCAGGAGAUCGCCCACUACGUCGUCGAGACGCUCUGGAUCCACCCGUCGAGCGACGACGUCGCCAAGAAGGGGACCCACUGCAAGUGGCCCUGA